UUCCGGUUGAAGGUUCGGGCACCAUCGUGGCGGAGGAUUUUUUCGGAUUUAUUCAGUAUUUCUCCGUAGUAGUGACUGUGUGGUUAUACCCCCCUCUCAACACAACUCCACAUCCCCCCGUAUUGAGUUGAAAAAAAACGUUACGUUGAAGUUAAUAUUCAAUCAGUACAAAACAAAUUGCAAUUUGCAGUCAUAUAUCUCCGAGGGAUAUAUUUUGUUUGUCGUAUGUCCAUCCAGAAUCUUAACACAUUCGACCCCUUUGCAGAUGCAAUCAAGGGUUCAGAUGAUGACGUCCAAGACGGUCUCGUGCAUAUAAGAAUCCAGCAGCGGAAUGGUCGCAAGACCCUAACAACGGUACAAGGACUCUCUUCGGAAUAUGACUUGAAAAAAAUUGUACGGGCAUGUAAAAAGGAGUUCGCCUGCAAUGGGACUGUAAUCGAGCACCCGGAGUACGGGGAGGUGCUGCAGCUGCAGGGGGACCAGCGUGAAAAUAUAUGCCAGUGGUUAACCAAAUCAGGUCUAGCCAAACCUGACCAGCUCAAGGUUCACGGGUACGUGUACAUGAAUGGAGACAUUGGGAAGCUCCCACAAGGGGCGGUUUACCCAGCCACCCCUGAACCUCUGGGUUCAGUCGGUGGUGCUGUUGUUACAAGCCCAUCAACACUAGAUUACAGUGUCAUGAACGGUGGACCAACAACUGGCGAACUGAUGCUCGAUCCAGGUAUGGGUGGUAUAGAGCCCACUGCUCAGCAUACCAUUGGAUUGGGUGGUGCUGUUGGUGUUGGUUAUGCACCAGUUGAUGUUACUAUUGGUGAUGUACAGUUAUCCCAAAAUUCAAUGACAGAUAUGCCGGUGACUGGUAUACCAUUGGAUCAGCUUAAACAGAUGCUCUCUUCGCAACUCGAAUAUUACUUCUCCAGAGAAAACUUAGCCAAUGAUACAUAUUUAUUAUCUCAAAUGGAUAAUGAUCAAUAUGUUCCUAUAUGGACGGUAGCAAACUUUAAUCAAGUUAAAAAAUUGACCAAGGACAUUACGCUGAUAACUGAGGUGCUACGUGAAUCACCGAAUGUUCAAGUUGAUGAGGAAGGACAGAAAGUCAGGCCGAAUCACAAACGAUGUAUAGUCAUACUCCGGGAGAUACCGGACAACACACCUCUGGAAGAAGUCAAAAAUUUAUUCUCAGGCGAGGGAUGUCCAAGGCUCAUAUCGUGUGAGUUUGCCCACAACAGCUCCUGGUACGUGACUUUCGAGUCUGAUGAGGACGCUCAGAAGGCCUACAGGUUUCUGCGCGAGGAAGUCAAAGAAUUUCAGGGAAAGCCAAUUAUGGCGAGGAUCAAAGCGAAACCAAUGACAAACAGGCUACCAAUACCAGCAGCAGUGCCUGGUGUUAGUGGUAUUAAAAAUGGCUAUCGUACACCCCCACCUCCACCGGUGUACGAUCCAAGCAGUUACCCACCUGGUCAGCCACUCUUCCGGUAUACAAAUGGCACGACCAUGCCACAAACUACAAUGCCGCCAUAUGCCAACCAGGUCCACGUCUACCACCAACCCUUCUAUCCAGCAUCGAUGAUGCACUGGGGUCCAGCCGCAGGUCCAGCCUACUUCGACAUGACGACAAGUGUAUUCGCGAUGAACGGUCUAAAUCCUCACAACUCAUUCAAGCCUCACACGAGGUUCAAUCCAAGAAAUAGCAGAAAUAAACACAGAAAUGGAUCAGAACGUGGUGGAAGUACAAUGGACAGUGGUGGUAAUAGUAAUAUGGUACAAAUGGCUCGCACAAGUCAUCCACAGAAGAGCAAUACUGGUGGACAGAGUGUAACAAAUCCAUUACCACCACCCCAAAUUCAACAAAUACCAAUAUCAAAAGCAUCAUCAUCAUCUUCCUAUCAGCAAUCAGGCACAAAAUUUCAUUCCUCACAUUUAAGUGGAACUAUACAAAAUGUAACAAAUACAUCAUCACAGAUCAAUGAUACACAGUACAGUGUAAUACAUCAUCAUGGUACAAAAGUAACAUCAUCAACGACAACACCAUCAUCAUCAUCACAGGAUGAUAAUACGAGUAUUGAAAAUACAAUACAGUAUACACGUCAUCGUAUGCCACGCAGGACCAAAGAACAGGAGACUGUUGGACUCACAAAGUCUAAUAAUAAUAAUAAUAACAACAACAGUCAAAUUAAUCAAUUGCGUGAUAAUCAAGUAUCAACGCAGGCUGUUGCUAAUACAACUGGAGCACAAUACAGUAGAAGUAUUGUGCAGUUUGAUCUUGAGGCAUCAGCAUUUCCACCACUACCAGGUCUCGAUGCUGAUAAUAAAAUAAAUAAUUCAACGAGUGAUACAACUGUUACAAAUGACAGUUUACAAUCGCAAAAUAGAUUGUCUGAUGUUGUCAAGGGUACAGCUAAGCUCAAAACAACCAAGGAUAAGGAACAAUUGUCUAAUCAACAUAAUCAACAGGGAAUAAUGAUUAACAGUAGAUCAACGAGUCCUGGUACAAGUGGUACAACAUACGAUUGUACAACUGUUAAUGCAACGUCUAUAACGAGUACAGCAGCUGUCACUGGUGGUGCUAUGACGAGCACAAAUCCCUCUGAAUCAUCAGACAUCGCUCUCAGCACUAUCACCCUCACUCCCCCGUCAUCUCCCGAUAAAUCUAUAAAGACUGAUGACACGAACAUGGUGAAUGGUGUGGAUGAGGCCAUAAGUACAAAUGCGCAUGCGGCAGAAGAGUCUGAGACGGUAACGAGGUGCGAUUGUGACAUCCCUACUGCCCCACAGAAUCCUCAGUCACAAACUGGAGUGGCCUCGGCCUUUCCCUUAGACCUCAACAGGCCAAGCUAUGCCCAAGUAGCUCAGCACUGUCGCGAGCUACGUUGUACAAAACACAAAACAGACGAUAAGGAUGGAAACGAAUAAAAAGCCAAUAUAUGUUACUGCAAAUCAAUUAAUUAAGCAGUCACUUCCCCCUACUCCCUCGAGUUUGGAUUGAACGGAUUGAUAAUCAAUGCUCGUAUCCUAAUUAAAAUAAAAGUGAAUAAAUAGACACAGUGGAAGCGAAGACGAAACGAAAAGUUAUUCAGAUACUUUUUACAUUGUACAGUGUCUUCGCCUACAAUGAAUUGUGGUACCAAUUAACAAUCCCGAUGGAUUAUUGAGACCGAGCGAACGAACAAUUGACGAAUAAUGUCAGUUAUUCAAGGGACAAGUGAUUCCGCAAUUGUCAGAAUUGCUGGAUUGAGAGACGAAAAAUAAUGAUGGGAUUUUAAUGAGAAAUGAUAAGAGACAGAUGGGAAACAAAAAACAAUGCGUUGAUUAUAAAAAUGAAGGAGAGAGUAUUGUUAUUGCUUUGGUUCUGUGAUUUUGGAGGUACAUAUUUGUUAGUUUGUAAAAAGAGAAGAAUGUUAAACCUAAGGUGUUAAUCGUUUAAUUCCUUCGUCCUCCCUCUACCCUUUACAUAGCGCAGGGCCGUAAAUGGGGAAAUAAAACAAUGAAUGAAAAAUCAUUUGAAAUUAUUAAUGAUUAAAAUCAUUAGCUUGUGCCAAAAUUCUGAGUAUAUAAACAGUGCACACACUUUAAGGAAUGUAAUAAAGCAACGAAAUAUGUAAUUUACAAUGAUACUGAUCGAUAACGAAUCAUUAGUUUUUCCUUUAUUUCGUUGAUUAACAGUUACGUUCAUCUCUUUUGAUUUUUACUCACGUGCUAUGUGAUUAAGACCCAGUAAAACUUCACAGUUAUUGAAUUUUUAUUACUUGCAAAAAUAAGCAUCAGCUCACAAAUUAGUGACUUUCUGAUUAUUUUCACGAUUUUCCAGAAUAUUGAUUAUUAUUUUAUUGAUUAGAUGCUUCAAGGGAUGUUGAAGGUGAAAUUUACUUUGAUUUUUAUGAUUUUUCUGGUGACACUUUAUCAUUUUAUUUUUCUUUUUGUCGUAGAAGUUAUGAUGGGAAGGGCUUAGACGAAUUGACAGUGAUGGCUUCCAUAAUACAAAAAUUAAUAAUUAAACAAUAGAUGAAGUACGAGAUUUGGGGGAAUAUGUGGGGGAAUACGUCCAGUAGAAAUCGGUAUUCUGGAGAAUAUUAAAACAGAUAAUAAUGAAAAUUAAUUUUCGUGUCCAUGCUCCCUAGACUCCCGCUUGUGACGUGGUUUGCAUUACCUAAUUACGGCACUGGCCCUUUUUAUUUUACUUUUUUUUCUCAUUUUUUUAAUACUAUUGUUAUGAGAGAUAACAUACGAUUUAGAAUUAUGCUUUGGCAACAAAAAAAUAAUUAAAAAAAAAAGUAAAUGAUGAAGUAACAAUUAAGUGAGUAAAUAAAUAAUAAUUAAAGAAUAAUGAAAAAAAAAAACAUAAAAAGCAUAAAAAAAGUUUAAAAACUAAAAAUGGUAAAUAAUGAUGAUUUAAGUCGAGGAGGAAUAUGGAUGAAUGGUAAAUAAAAAUAAUAAAGAAUAAAAAAUGAUAAUUUGAGCACACAAUUAAGUGCCUCAAGUGUUAUGUAUAUUACAGGAGCUUGGCUUUAGAUGUUAUACGAUUAUAUGUAAAACUUAUACAUUAUAGUAAACAGAUAAAAGAAUAAAGAAGCGCAUAUGAUAUAUUUGUUACUGAUAUGCGUGCAGAAUUGAGGGAAUUAAAAUACGAGGUGAAAUAAUAAGCGAAAUAACGAUGAAUUAAUGAAAAUUAAUCAAUAGCAAAAAAUGGUGAAAUAUGAAAAACAAUGUUUUCUUUUCUUUUUCGGAAUUACGAAGGGAUUUACUGAUAUAUAAAUACUAUAUGUAAACCAUUUUUAUUUUAAGUUAGCAAUGCUGCCUUUUAAUUUUUACACUUCGAGAGCGAUUUUUUUUUUCGAUUAGAAAAUCUAAAAUUAAUAGAGAAAAAAAACAUGGAGGUUCGAUCAUCUUUCACUUGUGUUCAAUAGUUUGUGCUUUUUCAGCAUUCGGAAAAUGGCUCACAAUGUUCUCUUGGAAAUAAUUUAAUUGAAUUGCUUGAUUUUCCGAGGCCAAUGAUCGAUACCAAUUUUCGAUAAUGUCAAAUCGCUCACGUGUAUGAAACGAAAGAGAACUAAAAUUUAAAAAAACAUGUGAAGAUUGUUACGACGAGAUGAAUGGGAAUUUUAGCGAGAAUAAAGAGGAUGAGAAUGAUGAAAAAAGAUGGAGAAACAAAUUUAUAAUACUUUUUUUAUUGGUAAAAUGACCUGAGCUGGACAAAUGUGCGUGACAAAGAAAAAAUAAUGAACAAUAAUUGAACCAACUUUGGUUUGUAAGUGUGCGAUUUAAUUACUAAUUUUUGUCUCUGUGUGACAAUUAUUAUAAAAUAAAUAACAUAAUGUCGUUGAGUUGACCGAGACAACCCUCCUCAGAAUAAGACUCUGUCUUCUAUAUAUUUUUUCGUAAAAUAAUAAAGAAUAAAAAUGGGGAAAAAACGUUGAGUGUUGUGAAGAGAGAGAGCGAGAGCGAGAGAAAAAAUGCAUAAAGUAUAAAUAAAAUUAUAAUACGUGCCUAUUUCUGGGGUAACGGUUACCUUGCUAACUGAUGUAAUUACAUUGACAACAAAAUGAAUUUAAAAUGAUGAGAGGAAUGCGCAUUUCUUAGGGUUUAUCAAUAAAAAAAGUUACCAAAUUAAAAGAAUAAAGCAAAAUGUGUAAAAAGCAAAAAAAAAGAACAAAAAUAAUAAUGCAAAAUAGAAAAAACAAAGAAUUAACGUAAAAAUUGUAUUGGCUGAGAGGAAGAAUGAUGGCAUUUCAUCUCGAUUUAGUGGAUAAUAAACUCGCAAGAUUGCGUAUUUAAAAUGAAAAAUAAAAAAUAUGUUCGUUAAUGAUAAGAGUAUCAAAAAAAAAUGGGUAGUACACGCUUCAUGAAUGCCGUGGAUACAUUGUGCUCCUUAUCAAUGAUUUAUCCAUUAAUUUCCCCCUGUUUUAUUCUUCAAAAUACUAGUAACCGAACAACAAUGGGAUAAAAAACCAAUUUGUAAUUAUCGUAAUUAUCAGUCGCAUUAAAACAACUGACAAAACAAGAUGAAAUAAAUUAAUAAUAAGAAUUGAGGAUUAAUGAAUAUGCAGAUACUUAAACGAUGACGAUAGCAAUGCCUUGGAUCUGACUAUUAAAAUCGCAGUAUUGAUUUUGUUAAAAAUAUGAGACACUCAAGUAACACUCUCGAUCAUUGAAAUAUUUUCCACAAGUGUAUGACUAAAAUCGUAUUUAAAUUAAAACGAGGAAAAAUCGUGAUGAUGAAAAUUGAAAAUACUUGAUAACUGUCUUCUCGCACGAACGCAGGUUCUCAAAAGGAAAUUAAUAUCGUGAGUCUUCAUGGAUUGAACCUAAAAGCUUGAAAAUUAUCACGAGAAGAAUCUAAAGGAUUCAGUGUUAAUUAGCGAUAAUUAAAAAUCAAUUAGAGAGCAAUGAUAAAAUUGGUGCGAGUUUUCACCAUUUAUGGGGAUCCAAGGCGUUAAAUUUUACGUUUCUAUGAUUUAAAAGAAAUAAAAAAAGAACAUUGAUACUCGUGGCUGGUAAAAAUGUCAUGGAUCAGCAUAAACUGUGAUUAGACUGGAGCCCACAAAAAAAUGAAUAAUAAUAUUAAUGAAUAAUUAAUGAAAAUAAUCAAUAAAACCAACACAAUGUAAAUGUACUCGGUUUCAUGGGCCGCAGGCCUAGAAAGUCUGAUUUUUUAACACUACGAGAAAUGUGUAUUAUAAAAACAUGGGUCUACGAACAAUUUUUUUGGUUUUGAUAUUCACCAGUUGUAAAGUGAGCGGAUUUUUCUUUCGAAAUUAAACGUUAAUUACUGUUACUAGUUUUUUCUGUUUUUUUUUUCUUUUUUUUCGUCCCGCUCUUUAGCAAAUUUGUGUAACUCGCUUCUCCGUAGAAUUUACUGCACAUUAAUAUUUUCUUUCAAUUAUGGAAUCGAUUAAUUGCCCUCAUUAAAUUGUUUUUUUUUUAUUUUCCAUUGAUUCUCGCUAAUCGUACAAACAAGGAGAAAAAUUAUUAAAAAAAUUGUAAUUUAGGAUUUAGGAAACGGCCUAGUGUAUCGCAGUGAGAGUCGAGAGUCGAAUAGAGAUUGAGAGAGUUCUAGAAAAUUUAAAUAACCAUUUUCUAAACAUUUUAGUCGGUUGGAGAAACAAGAAAAUAUAAAAUAUUAUUAUGCAUGAUGUUUCAUUCAGGGCGUAUAAAAAUAUAUGAAACUGCCGAUAUUUUUAACAUGUGAGACUGACAGAUUUCUUCACUGGAUGCUAAUCGAUUCACGUGAAUUUAUACGAUUUUUAGUUUUUUUCUUUUCUUUCCUAUUAAUUUUCUCUCAAUUGAUGGAUUAUUUCGUUAUUCUUUGGGUCACUGUGGGGUCUCUUAUUGCUUUCUAAGUGAGAGUGUGUGAUUAAUAAUAUGUGGAGUUUGGUGCGCUCAUUGGCGGUUUCAAAUUGGCUCAAUAAUCAUUCAAACUCGAGUCUUAAAAUUCUUGAAUUUAUCGUUUAGUUAAAAUUUUCUAAUGACUUUGUCAUCUCGAUAUAUUUUCUUAAUUAAUAAUUUUCAUUUACUCCAGUGCCGCUUUCCACAGGUGGCAUUACUCCCCUAAUUUACGAUUAAUUGAGAUUGAAUUAUUUUCAAACAUGACAAUUACUUCAAUUUAAAAUCGUAGACCAAGUGAAAAUAUAAAAUCGCUGAUAAAUAAUUUUCCAGUCACAAUAAAUGCUGCAUGUCUGUGCGUCUACUAUCAUUCCGUGCCUUUUUGAGUAUAUGUGGCUGACAAAACCUCUUUGUGAAGAUUAUCCGAAAAUGCUAAUGAUGGGAAAGAAAUAAUGAAGAAAAAAACAAAUAACGAGUGUUUCCUCUGUUCACUUUUGUUAGUCAAAAGACACAGUAAAAAUGAACGUAAUAAAGAAUGAUUUAGUGACAGGAGUAGUGCGAAUAAUGGCCGCAUAUCACAGUCCAUGAUAAUUUAGUGACUUCCCUGUAAUGACAAGAUUGAUGAAGUUGUGGUGAAAAAAAAAGUAAUGAGUAGGAAGAAUUAUUUUUUUCUUUUUUAAUUGAAAAUAAUGAAGUAUGAGAACACGUAUUAGUUAAUGAUAAAAUGUCACCGCCAGUGAGAGUAGACAUAUUUUUAUAGAUUCGUUUCAACCGUUGAUCGACUGCUUAUGAAGUGUACUACUUGAAAAAUCUCAAAAAACAAGGAGAAAGAAAUUUAGAUGAAUUAAUGACGCAACAAAAAAUACAAUUGUAUGAAUGUUACGUGAGUUACUACUGUGAAUUAAAAAUAAAAAGUAACUUCAUAUAGUUGAAGAAAUUGUGAGGUAAAUCGAGAGGACUCACACAUACAAUUAUUGAGAAAAUGAAGAAUAAAACGAGUAAAUUUAUGUAAACGGCAUAAACGACGCGAUAUAAGAAACAAAAAUUGAGAAAACGAAAAAAAAAUCAUAAUAAUAAUCAAUUUUUUGUUUUCAUGUGAAGGGAGAUAUAAUGUUACAUAAUUUUCUUUCUUUCGUGAUUGUGGAUUUUUCUUUGGUGUAAUCUAAAACAAAAAUUGGAAAUUACUAUGAGUGUAUAUAAAAGAUUUAUCCAUUGCACCCAGAUAUAGUGGAUAAGAGGAAAAACAAAUAAUUUGUACAUAAUAUACAUAAUAUAAAUAAAUAAAAAUAGAUAUA